ACACACACACACACACACACACAGUCAAACUUAAGGUGAGCAGAAGAGGCAGGAGCCUCACUUGAUCUCCAGCUCUCAACAGUGGGAGGUGAAAGCAACUAGGACUUCAGGAUUUCAAGACAAGUGGGGAAGACUCUGGGCUACAAGGAUGAAGAGUCUCGUUCUUCUGGUGCUGUUUUCCAUCUGUUGGGCCGAUCACCGUUCAGACAACUAUACCCUGGAUCAUGACAGAGUCAUUCACAUUCAAGCAGAGAAUGGUCCCCGUCUACUUGUGGAAGCAGAGCAAGCCAAGGUGUUCUCCCACAGAGGUGGCAAUGUGACACUACCAUGUAAAUUUUAUCGAGACCCAACAGCAUUUGGCUCAGGAAUUCACAAAAUCCGAAUUAAAUGGACCAAGCUAACUUCAGAUUACCUCAAGGAGGUGGAUGUUUUUGUUUCCAUGGGAUACCAUAAGAAAACUUAUGGAGGCUACCAGGGUAGAGUGUUUCUGAAGGGAGGCAGUGACAAUGAUGCCUCUCUGGUAAUCACAGACCUCACCUUAGAGGAUUAUGGGAGAUACAAGUGUGAGGUGAUUGAAGGAUUAGAAGAUGAUACAGCUGUGGUAGCUUUAGAAUUACAAGGUGUGGUAUUCCCGUACUUUCCAAGACUGGGGCGCUAUAAUCUUAAUUUCCACGAGGCACAGCAGGCUUGUUUGGAGCAGGACGCGGUCAUUGCCUCCUUCGACCAGCUGUACGAGGCCUGGCGGUCCGGCCUGGACUGGUGCAACGCGGGCUGGCUGAGCGACGGCUCGGUGCAGUACCCCAUCACCAAGCCCCGGGAGCCCUGCGGGGGGCAGAACACCGUGCCUGGCGUCAGGAACUAUGGGUUUUGGGAUAAAGAUAAAAGCAGAUACGAUGUCUUCUGUUUUACAUCCAACUACAAUGGUCGCUUUUACUAUCUCAUCCACCCCGCCAAGCUGACCUACGACGAGGCGGUGCAAGCCUGCCUCAACGACGGUGCUCAGAUUGCCAGAGUGGGCCAGAUGUUCGCCGCCUGGAAGCUGCUGGGCUACGACCGCUGCGACGCGGGCUGGCUGGCCGACGGCAGCGUGCGCUACCCGAUCGCCAGGCCCCGGCCGCGCUGCAGCCCCACCGAGGCCGCCGUGCGCUUCGCCGGCUUCCCGGACCGCAAGCACAGGCUGUACGGCGUCUACUGCUUCCGCGCCUACAACUGAGGGCGCGGCCCCGGAGCCCGUGUCCAGCCGAGGGGGGCGUCCAUGCGAAACGGGGGUGCUGUUCAGUAUGAACUCAUGCAAGUUACCAAAACUGUGAUAACCCUUUUUUUUUUUUUUUUUAAACUUACUGUAAAGUCAUUUUCAUAAAGACCAAUUCAUUAGUUUGGGUGUUUUUGUAAAGCUAUCAUUCAAUAUAUAUUAUAAAUUAAUAUAAGUUUAAGGGAUGCUAAUGAAGAGGCUUUAGAGCCAAACUGUCUUAAAGCUACAUCAUCUCAACAAACUAUCCAUGUCCACGCACUCAGCAUGCUCUAGGUUGAAAAGUGCUACAGUUGGAUUAAGGAAAGGAAAGCUACUCAGAAGAGAAGCUCCCACAAGCACAAGUUUCACACAUUUCUACAAUUUUGAAAUGGACUUAGCAAGCACAUUGGAGCAACAGCUUUCAAAUACAGGCUUCUUAAGAUGAACUGAGAUUCCAUGCACAAAACUCAGUUUCAUCAGGGAACAAAUGACAUUUUUCUAAAAGGUAACAUUUCAAGUCUCCAUAGACAGAAUAUUUUACUCUUUAACAAUCUUGACUUUUUGACCAAAAUCAGAAAUUAUGUGGGUUGAAAUGCAUAAGCACAGUUAAAUCUUAACAAACCCAUUUAUAUGAAUUAUAAGACUUAAAUAAACAGACAGUUAAACCUUCUUAAUGAACCCAUUUGUAUGAAGCAUAACACUUAAAUAAACAGAUAAUAUUUAAUCAUUGAGAGACUUCUGCCUUCUAAUCAGAAUUACAUUUCUGAGAAUUGUUUUAUCUUUUGAGUAGCUUUACUGAGUUAUAUUUAAGUUAUAAGGGCCCUUUGCUAAGCAGCAUUUAGGAUUUACUCAGGGCAGUUAUAUAGAUCAACUGCUGGACAGACAAUGUGUAAAACUUAGCAGCUUUUUUAUGUUAUCUUAUGAAAUAUUAUUGUCCUAUAAAUCAUUUUAAUCUAUUUAACAUUGCUUUCUUAUUUACAUUACAAAAAAAAAACAAAAGGAAUGUAUAAUUAUAUACUUACCAAAAACCCAAGACCCAAUUGUGAAAAGCAUUUUCUUAUUUGUAGAAAUCCCAAAUAAGACCUCCAUUUUGAGGAUGAAGUUUAAAAUGUAGUUGUAAACCUUCUCCCAAGCAGAAAACAUGGUUGCGGUCACUUUCUAUGCUGGUUUUCUUUAAGUAUAAAUGAGAUGCUAAAGCUGUCACCCAAGAGUUUACAUGAAAAUAUGCAGGACUUUAAACAAAAGUUAGGCCCAGUCUAAACAAAAAGUUUGCCAUAUUAGCAAAUCUAAUCCUAAAUAAAGCUGUUUGCCUACAUUUUUUUUUUUUUUUUUUUUUUUUUUUACUGUUGAGACCCCACUGGGACCAAUAUUUGUACUCAAAUUAUAUUUCUUGAUUUCCCAUUGCUUCUCAAUGAGUUCUAAUAAAUGGGACUUAGUAUAAUAGUCCAAGUUUGACAUAGGUGGUAUGCAUUCAUAAAUGUUUUCAUGUAGACUUUUCUCCCAUGAACAUGAGUAAAUAAACCUAUUUCCUGAAUUGAUUGUGGUUGCAUUUAAAGCUCUAUAAUAUUUCUAAUAAAUCUACUCUAUAAAUAUAAAGUUAUGUGUGUGGAAGGAAUAGAGCAAUUGGAAGUCCAUGAAAUCAUACUAUAUUCAUAUAUUAUCUAUCUUAAAUAUUGUAAAUAAAAGUCAGUACUUUCUUUCAUGAAAAGCUUAUCUGGAAACUUCCAGAUACUUUGAUAUUAAAAGAUGACAAUGUAUGCAUGCACAUUUUAAGUUAGGCUGAUAUGCAAGUCAUACAAAAGAAGUCCAAAGAGAUUGUGAGGCUUAAUAUAGACACUGCUGGUAUAAACAGAACUCUCAAUUCUAAGUUAAAGAUACCUGAGUGACUAGAAUACAAGUAUGUUAUUUAAAUAGAAGACUGCCUCCAAAUUGCAGCUCUAACACUUUAAAGGUCUGGGUUAGCUCAUUGGAGAAGACCAUACUUGAAUAAUUAUUACAUGUCUUACAGAAACCCUGUCUGAAAUGCAAAUGGGAAAAAUUAUUAAAAGCAGGUAUAUUAUUUUUGUUAUUAUCAUAGAACUUACCUUUAUAGUGGUAAGCGUAAUAAUAUUUCUUAACUUUUGAAUACUUAGUAUAGGAAUCGGUGCUGAUCAAAACUCCCGGAGCGACUGUUAGCUGAUUCAGAUAUAUGCCAAUUGUACAGCGCUUACUCAGUCUUUAAAAAUUCAUCUUCGGAUGAACACUGUUGAGCAGAAUUUUUAACUCCUGACUUCACACAACAAACCCAAAUCCUCAUGCCUUUUGAACUCCUAGUUGAAGAAGGAGUCUUUUUAAUGUUAUUUUGGUGUUCUUCCACCAAAUAUCUAUUUUUCCUACUGCAUUGACCAACAAGUUCAUUAAAUAUAUCCACAAAAGUUAACCUAGUACAAUUCUAUUAUAAACUUGAAACUAGUUCAUUCAGAAAUUGCUUUGUAGACUCUAAGAUUCCCAUAAUAGCAAAGCAAUGAGUUAAAAAGAUUGAAGUACAAAAUAUUGCUUGUAUCAUUUUGUCUUGUAAUCAAUUCAUACAAGGAAUAAGGAAUAUAUAUGCAAAUUUCACUUGACUCCUACAUUUGAAAAUCCAAGCUAAAAGAAGUAACUCAAUAUGAAAGUACAUGAAUGAAAAUAAGCUGUCACAGUUAACACUGGAAGGCAUCUUUGAAUGACUGCUGCCAUAUUUGAUCACAGUAACUUUUAGUCAAAUAGAGUAUUUGUAAAUUCAAACUUUCUUUCAUAGAACGGGGGCCGGUACCUGUAAAAAUGUUUUUUUGUGCAUUAAUAUAGUUGCUUCUUAUUUUGGCAAUUCAUAGACUCUUAGAAGAUUUCAAUUUGGUUGCUGGCAGCCACAUUGAGUUUCUUGUUUUCAGUACUCCAAAGAAAAUGGUGGUGUUCUGGAGUAGCUGACCACUAAAGAAAGGAAGGUUAAAGGGAAAUGAUUAUCAUUUCUUAGUGUGGAAUGUGCUGAGAAAGAUCAGUUGACAACUGACAUGUUUUUGUGUUCCUUUAACAAGUUAACUAUCAUAGCUCAUUACUGCCAAAACAGCAUGGUGUACAACAAAAGAUAUGAAUCAUAGGAAAGUAUUAGGCCACCCGAUUAAAAGUCAAUAGUUAAAUGCAUUUAAUCACUACUAAGUACAAAUUUGAGGAGAAGAACCAAUCUGUAUUUAAAAGGAAAUGUUUCAUUUCUUGUACCAUACAAUGAACUGGUAAAAAAAAUCAUUAAAAGUCAAUUUGGUUUACUGCA